UGCCAAGUGGCACUCCUGCCAUUUGUGAAUUUCUGACUUACGUCAGUGUGGGUGUUUCAGUGUCGGCGGCCAUUAUUCUACGUAUAAUAUUAUAAUUUUUUUUGUGUUUUGCGCUGCUUAAAAUCGAAACAAAGGACAUUUAUUACUUUUCGUUAUAAUCCAUCAAGCAAUCAUUUUGUUUCAAAUACAUUUAUAGUACAAAAUGAAUCCUGAAUACGAUUACUUGUUUAAACUCCUCUUGAUUGGCGACUCUGGUGUUGGAAAGUCCUGUCUGCUGCUCCGAUUCGCCGACGACACAUACACAGAGAGCUAUAUCAGUACAAUUGGAGUUGACUUUAAAAUUAGGACUUUAGAUUUAGAUGGAAAGACAAUAAAGUUACAAAUAUGGGACACAGCGGGACAGGAAAGAUUCAGAACAAUCACUUCAUCUUAUUACAGAGGAGCACAUGGGAUCAUCAUUGUUUAUGAUUGCACAGAUCAGGACUCGUUCAGCAACGUCAAACAGUGGCUGGAGGAGAUCGAUCGUUACGCGUGCGACAACGUCAACAAGCUGCUCGUUGGUAACAAGUGCGAUCUCACGACGAAGAAGGUUGUCGACUAUACCACAGCUAAGCAAUAUGCAGAGCAACUGGGAAUACCAUUCCUCGAGACGUCAGCCAAGAACUCCACGAACGUGGAACAGGCGUUCAUGACGAUGGCGGCGGAGAUCAAGGCGCGCGUGGGGCCGCCGUCCGCGGGCACCGCGCCCGGCGGGCCCGCCGUCAAGAUCGACCAAGGCCGCCCCAUCGACACCGGCAAGUCGUCCUGCUGCUGAACACGACGCACACGGCUGGCGGCGGGAGACAGCGCGUGGGUCGAGGCACGGGCCGCUAACCGGCUAUUAAAAUGCAAUUACCACAAAAAAAUUCACGAUCGCAUCCCUAUUAUAAAUAAAAUUAAAUUAUAUAUAAUAUUAUAGUGCCGGGCGUCCGCUCGUCGUAACGUUACGUCAUAAGCUAACUCCAUUUAAGUUGCUACUGUCCGAUAUAUCGUUAGUUAAAUGGAAAACGUGGUGAAAUGGAUGGGUGUAUGUUUAUACAUGUUUAUAUAUAAUGAGUAUCGUAGGUUAAUUCCGUGCUGUAAUUCCAAAAUGAUGUAACAGGACGCCGAGAAGUAAAUGUCGGAGAGGUGGAUGAUGUAAUUUUUUUUUAAUAAUAUAUGUUUUGUUUUAGUGCUCAUGUUGUUUUUCUUUUACCACAAAUUAAUGACAGUUUUAACACUACUAACUCGAACUUUUUGUUUACUAGAAAUAUUUAAUACAUAAUUUUAUUUAUAAUUAUGUAAAGCAAUUAAAACUGAAGUAAACGGUAUAUGAAAUAAUCACUAAGUUGUUUUUACAUUCAACGAAAAUUUUAAAAUUUUUUGCGAAUAUUAAAUUCGCAAAAAAUUUUAAAAUUCGCAUUCGUGUAAACUCCAUGCAACGUCACUCCAUUUAACGACAAACUCGCUAAAGCGUCAUCACAUAGCUUAGAUGGUUUAGCUUGCCUUCCAUACAAUGAUACACUAUAGAGUGUAUCAUUGUAUGGAAGGCAAGCUAAACCAAUACACCCACUCUCAAUACCUUGUAAAUUGCCAAAAUUGAGAAAACCGCACAGCUGUGUACGCUCUUGUGUCGCUUUAUUAUCCUAGACUAAAUGCUGGACUGUCGGCAUCAUGCAAAAAAUAUUUUUAAGAAAUUUGUUCUUUUGUUUACAAAUUGGGAUCGCAUACCUACUGCAUAUUGUAGACCGUUGUUGACCAUGACUAACAAGUAGAAAUCAUGGACUUAAUAUGUUAUCUUAGUUGUGUAUAUGUAUUCUUAGUUGCUCACAAACUUUCAAACUGUAAACAUGGGUAGUAAAAUAAAAUCACUGUAUUGACGAAAAACUUUUACUCAUACAUCUUCUUUUCAUUUAAAGAUAACUCGUAUAACGCCAUAAAAUGUACUGUAUCUUUAGUGUCGUUAUAUAGAGUUUACAGUACACUUUAAUGUCUGUAUCUUUACACCUCAAGUUUCUCCGUUUUACUUCUCGGCUUUCUGCAACAUCGAAGAUGCAGGCAAGACCUGAACGCGAAGCAAUAUGCGAAAUGUUAUGUGUUUUUGUAUCUAGUGUAACGAACCUUGUGUGAUCAACUGUUUGAGGUUCCGAGGGCGAACAGUAAAAAUUGGCUAUUCGAUACGAAUUUUAUGAUAAAUUUAUUAAUACAUGGUUAUUUUUUAGCAGAAAACCUAAGGUAUUGCUGUAAACAUAUCUUACCUGACCUUUUUAGAAUUUUUAACCCCUCGUUUUUUAAAUCCUAAAUGAUGGUCUAAAUUAAAAACCACUCUAUAUAUUUACACUAAUAACAUCUUACUCAUCUGAUAUUAAUACAUAACAUAGAUUGAAUUAUUGUAAAUUCGCUUGGAUUUAAUAAAAUUAUACUAAAAACUACAUACUGCUAUAAAAUAACAAUGUAUUACGCUAACACUAAAUAAAUAUGGAGUAAUUAUUGGGUAAAUAAUACGAUAGUUCAACUGCACCACCGUCUUUGAUCUUGCCGUAUGACGUCAUCCAUCUUUCGAUCACUUUAGCUUUAAUAAUUGCAUCUGCUACCAGCGUCAAAUUUAAGUAAAUCCAUUUUCUAUUUGAAAAAUAAGUUUCAAUUUACUCGUGAUGAUAUUAAGUGCAAUCUCUCGAUUAAAGCCAAGUUACACAAGGAGUUUCUAUUGAAGAAACAUAGUGUCACUAUAUUGAAGAAACAUGGUGUCACCAUAUUGAAGAAACAUAGUGUCACUGUAAUUGUCAUAAAAUGAUUCUUGGAUACGCCUGCAAUAAUAUAGUCGUAGGUACAUAGUCGAACAAAAUCAAGAUGAAAUACGGUAUGGCACAUAUAAGAUACUGUGAGAGCUAAAAGCGCAGGAAAGAUUAAUAUAAUUGGCUCGGCCAUGCAUGAUUGUGUGUACAGCUGAGCGGUGGCCCACCAAUUAUGCCCACUUCACUUCGGUGGUGGUGGGCCAUCAUGGCAAUGGUCUAAAGGAGCCAUUAUAGAUGUUCGUAUUCUAAUGAUUGUCUUAGUUACUGAUUGCAUGUAACGUCAUAGAGGUUAGACAUACUUGCAAAAUCCAAUACCAGGACUUUCAAGUACGAGUAUAUAAAAAUAGUACGGCUAUAUACAAAAUAAUACUAGCUAAAUACCGGGUUUUAAAAUACUUUAAAGUAUGUAUUUGACAGUGGUCUCCUGUGGAGGAAAGGAAAUUAAGCCAUACUAUAAUCAAUCAAAUUAGCAAAAUAAAAUACUUCAAACUAUUUUUUUUCGCUAUUAGGAUUGUGCUCCUCAUUUCUGGAGGAAUAGGGAUUAAAGACCUGGUAGCGUAAAUAUGUCUCAUCUCUACUACGUCAUAUUUCGAGACACGAAAGAGAUUAACGUCGACCAAUAACGGCGGAAUCAAAAAUAUCGCUCUCUGUUUCGUUGCGAGGGACGAAAGAGUCAAGUUCGUUGCUACUGGUUGACAAUAAGUCUUAUCCUCGAGAGAUAUGUUGAUGAUACAUGCCUAAUGAGCACCAAAUCGUUUGAUUGGCUGCGCUGUGUUUAUGAAUGGCAAGUGAAAAUGUUGAACUGUCGAUUUUAAAAAUUAAUAUGGAAUGUUGUCUGUCUUGCAAUGUAAUUCAAACUUAUCGUGUCUGAACGUUGUCCAUUUCGUGCGUAGGCUAAUUGUGUUUGUUCGAGCUUCUGUUGAGUUUCAUCGUUCUAAACGUCACCGAGGUACUAUUAUUAUUCUUUUAUUUUUUGUAUAACUUCGUAUGCACUGGGUGUUAUUCCGCAUAGGUAUAUAAUGUUAUUUAUCUCGAAGAUUUGAAUCGUACAUAUACCUAACCUUUUAUUCACAUGAGUUAAUGCAGUACGUGUCAUCAGUGAACGAUUUAAGACACGCGACUGUAGGUAAUGUAAUGAGAUUUGGUUAAGGUCCUUCAAUUAUAGUCAAAAUCUCACCGCUGGCAAAAAUUUUAUACUGUUAGAUAUGUAGUCACUAGUGCGUCAAAACCGAGGCGAACAAAGGUAGUCUUAAUUUCAUUUAGUCGCGUAGUAAUCAACGAAAGUUAUUUAAAAAAAUACUUAAAUAUUGUCGUAAUGUCGAGUUGUGUGUUCAGGAAGUGUAAAAACUAUAUAUACGUAAAUGUAAGUUAACAAAUUAUGCAUGUGUGUGCGCUCAGUGGAGCAGCUAAAUUCGGAUCAUCGUUGACUGCAGGCUCAGCAAUAAGUGCGUGUGAGAGCAAUGUUAUAAUAUGGUGUGCUCCCUUGCAUCUAUAGGUCUUAUCGCAGCGUGUAGUGAUGUACAAUGCCCGUGUCGAUAUUGUUAUCGGCAAAUACAUAAUUAAUUUUAAUAGUUUUGACAGAAGUUUAAAAGAGCUUAAAUCUAUAAAUAGUAGAUCAGUGGAAAAAGUGGGUAUAUCUUCGAUUUAAAUCUUUGAUUCAUUGUAAAUGCGUACUGGGGUUGUGCUGUGUUCAAAAUUUUGUGUUAGAAUUUCUUAUUAUCACUCUAGUAGUUAUAUAUUUUAACACAAAAUUGUAGAUAUAGCAAAUUGGCCUUAGUGGAAUUAGACAGAUGUAUAGUAAACUGAACGUAUAGCCAUCGAUUAUUACAAUCAAGCGGGAACAUAGUAUUAAUUAAAAGACAUAUUCAAUAAUAAUAUAGCUGAUGAUAUUAUCACUUAUGAUGUGAUGAUAAAAAAAUGUAUUGCUCGAUGUUUUAAAUAAUAAUGUGCAAUUGAAGGAAACUGGUAUGCCUUGGACUCUAGCCAUAUUGUGUAAUGCUUUCUAUAAACGCUAACGCUAAAAGAUGUAUGGGAAUGACAUUAUUCAUUGAAGGGUCACGUGACCAAUCUCUCAAUCGGAUGUGUCAUUUCCAUACUUUUUAUUAAUUUUCAGAGCGUUAGCGUUUGUCGAAUGAUAUAUGUACUUACUCGUAACGUGGGCCUGUACGCAUGUAGUACGUCGAUUCUCUUUCUACAAACGAAAAUAAAAAAAUGUAUGGGAAUGACAUUCAUUAUCGACAGGUCACGUGAUCAAGUUGUCGAUUGCUUCUGUCAUUCUCAUACAUCUUUUUAGUUUUCGAAGCGUUGGCGUUUGUAGAAAGAAAACGUGCCACAUGACUAGAGGAUCUUGUCUUUAUUUGAAUAAUGAAUUAUUGUUGAUAGAGAGAGAUGAGAUGUCAUAAUGUUUACAGUAUGUACAAUAUUAAGGGGUAGGUAUAAUAUAUGUACAUCAAAAUUAAAGUUCUUCAGUCUAAUUCACGUAUGUUAUUUGACAUGACAUAUACGAAAUUAAUAAAGAUCAAAUUAGUGAAUAGACCAACAGAUGUACUUGACAAUUAUGCCAGCUUUACACAGCUGUUUGGUGUUGCUUAAAUGUAUUGUUAAAAAUUAGUUACACUUCACCAAACAGAUGAGAGAGUGCAUGUGACCCAGAGUGAAUAAAAGUCAGACAUUUUUCUUUGUAAAUCUUAUUGGUAUUUAUAUUCUUUAUCAUUAUCAGCCUAUUAUAACGGCCCACUACACGGCCAGGCCUUCUUGUAGGAGAGAGGAUAAGAGAUAUUCAUCAUUAUCCCAUAUUCGGCUCACUGCUGAGCACGAGUCUCCUCUCGAGGGGUUAGGCCAAUAGUUUUUACCACGCGGGCCCAAUGAGGAUUGGCAGACUUCGCACACACAGAGAAUUAAGUAAAUUCUCAGGUAUGCAGGUUUCCUCACAAUGUUUUUCCUUCAUCGUUUGAGUUAUUCAUACUUACAACAAUAUAUUUUUUUAUUAAUUAACUGCUUCCAGCGACAAUUUUUCGUUAUCAUAUUAAUUUAUGAACAGGCAGAGGGUGAAAAAUGAUUAUGAUGAUGACUUGAUUUUACUCUAAAAUGUUAUUCAGAUAGCACGGUUACGGUGACAGUCGCCUAUAUGACGUUCAUAAUAAAUACGUACUAUUAUCGUGAAUCGCGGCAAACUUUCAAGAGUGAAACGAACUGUCACUUGCACCAACCUAGAUGAAACGAACUGUAACUAGUUUUUUUAUAAAUAUUAAUUACUUAUUGUAUAUUGAUAAUACUUACUAUACAAAGAUUUACUUUUUAGCUACAUUUCCAUACACAUAGAAUGAUUGUUUCACUGUAUUUAGCUAUUAUGAAUCAACAAUAAUCGAUAAUGCAAUUGUUAUUUACAACAUCGAGCGAAAUGAUAAAUUAUUUUAUUAUUUCUAUAAUAUUAAUUGUAACUUACUCAAGUAAUGUUAUUUUUGUACUAUUAUGUGAAGAAUGUUAAGUUUACUUAAUCGAUCCGCUGACCCACUGUAAUUCUGUAUUGAGGGUUUCUUAGAAAUUAAAACAGUAUGCUAUUAAAA